CUUGAGAUGCCUUUAAAGUGAAACUAACUGUUUGGCCUAACUGGAUAUUUUGGCUACAGGUGGGGAUGAUAAUAGAUACUGAAAUAUAGUGUAACUAAGCAACAAGUACUGAGACACAAAGUCAGUGAACUGAGUGUAAUGUGUGCAGUACAGCAAGAUAAAUCCAAAGUUCAAUACCAAUCACUCGCUAGCGUUAGCCACCAUUAGCUACUGCUUAUACACUGAAUAAAUCUAUCGCUCCAAAACCUUUCAGUAUAGUGACCCGAAGAAGAGUGGGUGUGACUCAAAGUCAGAAAGGCUCCUCAGAGUACACCAUUUUGACAGUUGACACUACUAAACAAGGCAAGAUGAAUUUGGAGGAGUACUUCAGAAGAAUUGGGUUCCAUGGCUCCUAUGAUAAACUGGAUCUGGCAACUCUGAAGUUGAUCCACAAGCUGCACAUCCUGUCAAUCCCCUUUGAGAACCUCAGCAUUCAUUGUGGUGAGAGGAUCAUAAUGGACCUGGAGGUGAUCUUUAAUAAGGUGGUAAGGAACAGCCGAGGAGGUUGGUGCCUCGAGAACAACUUUCUGUUUAACUGGGUACUCAGAGAAAUGGGCUAUGACACAACAAUGUUGGGCUCCAGAGUUUUCAACAGUAUCCUCAAUGACUUUGACUCUGAUGACAGUCAUCUCAUCAACAAGGUCGUCAUUGAUGGAAAGCCUUACAUAACAGAUGUGAGUUUUGGAGUGUCAUUCCAAAUUUGGGAGCCCCUGGAGCUCAUCUCUGGAAAAGACCAGCAUCAGGCGGCGGGAGUGUUUCGUCUCCUAGACAAAGGGCACAUCUGGGUGCUGGAGAAGACUGCUAGAAAACCACUGGUUGUCAAUCCAGAAUUUGCUAAAUCGAAUCUGGUGAACAGGUAUGAAACAAAUCAGAUCUACUGCUUCACAUACAAGCCUCGCGAGUCCGAACAUUUCUUAGAGACAAACCACAAACUCCAGACAGACCCUGCAUCACUGUUCACCAAUAAGUCCAUCUGCUCUUUACAAACCCCCACAGGAUUCAAAGCCCUGAUUGGCUGGACCUACUGUGAGGUCACGUACAAACCUGAGGAAGGUGUUGAUGUCUUAGAUAUGAGGGACGUAACAGAUGAUCAGAUAGAGCAAAUUCUGAGGGAACAAUUCAAUGUAAAGCUGCAGAGCAAAUUGCAGCCAAAAAACAAAAAAGUUUGCUACACAAUCUAGAAAUUCUGCUUUGACAUAGAUUUUAAACAAUGGCAUGACUAAAAGAAUUAUGCAAUUCUUGGCGUAAGAGAAGAAAAAUUACAAUUUAAUUGUGUUAUUUCAUUUUAUUUACAGACAGUUUUGCAAGCCCAGGGUUGCAGUCUGACAUUUAAAUCACAUACUUUUACAUUUUUAACUUUAGUAUGAAGGUCAGAUGAAAGCUUGCAGGCCUAUUAAGCUGUACCUGAAGUGAUGGAAUGAUGAAAAUGUAUAUUUGGGAAAUCAUUUGAGACAUUAUCAUCUGCAAAUAACACUAAUAAAUUCUUGCCCAACCACAUGCUUUCUUCAUUUUUCAAAUGUCGUGAUAACUGCAUCUGUGAGAUUUGAAUUUAAUAAAUGGACAAACAUUCCUCCAGAGUUCACAUCGAAAGUUAAGCAUUUCACAGACUAAUUGUCACUUUUAAUGCAAAGUUGAUUUUAAACUGCAUUAAAUAAAAAAACUAUUUGAACCCUAUAA